AAUCUAUCGGCCAAUGAGGAAGCUGGUUGCCUUUUAAAACUCAGCCGGGAAACUCGGAACCAAAACAAACGACUUUUUUUUGCUCGUGUACGGAUAAAUACAGAGAAAAGCUAACUUGCAGAUAUGGACACCAUGAUGAUUUACCUGGAUCAGGAGAACGGCAGAUUGACCACUCCAUCCAUCAAAUCUCGCUCGAACAGACUGCAUUCAGCUCCAGAUCAGUGCUUGAGAACACCUCUGGUAGGAAAAACUCGUCUCGGAGCUCCUCUGCAAUCCAACCGAAAAGCUUUGGGAGUCAUAAAUAAGGUUGUUGCCACCCCAGCAGCCUCUCUUAAGGCAGAGGAGAAAACCAAACCUGCAGAGUCCAAGUGUAAGGUGCUUGCACAGCCUGUUGGUGAGGAGUUGCCAGAGAUUGAGAAGUGUUUCCCGUACAAUCCAAGUGAGUUUGAGACCUACAGUGUUCCAGAUGAAGUCUACCUCAGUGGGUUCUCUCUGGCUGGUUUGGCUAAACCGGCGUGGCCGCCUGCUUCACCUGCUAUGGAAGAGCUUAUUGUGGAUCCGUGUUUGCCACUCUCACCUUUAAAGAUACCCAGUGCACUGGAAUAUGCUGAUGAAAUGGAGGCCUUCCUACAGACGAUAAAUGAGCUGACUGUUGACUUGCCACCUGAGUGUGAAUUUUAAACCUUUUUUGUGUGAAUGUUGUAUAGUUUGUUUUUUUAACUGUUAUUAAACUUUUUCUAAAAUUCCUGUUCAAAGGGAUCUGUUACUCUGACUAAAGGUUGUUUUUUUUUUUUUAUUUUUUUUUUUUUUAAAUUGUCUAAAUUGAGAGCUUUUUCUCUUGAUCACCAAUGUUCAGAUCUCAGUAAAGAAGUAAUUUUGUUCAUUAAAUAUUAUAUAU